GUACCUGCAUUUACUAGUCAAACAGCUCUCUGCAUUUACAUACUGCAGCGGCCGCUCCACUAUACGGUAUUAAUUUGUUAGCUCCCUGAAUAAUUUAUUGAGUACCAGCUAAGAAAUCUAAAGCCACUUUUGCGCGUCCUGAAGCUUAAAACUGCGAAGUUCCCGCAGUUAGGUUUAGAGUUUCUCCAUCGGAAUAUGAAAGGUUUUACAAUCACACUGCUAAUCGUGGCGACUUUCUCUUUGUCAGCAUGUCUUCCUGCGAGAAAUCCAGCUGAGAAACUGCUGACGCGAGUGAAGAGGGAGGAUGAGGCUGCAAAGAAUGAUUCGAAAGCAGAGGAAGAAAGACCGGCUCCUGGUCUCGGUGGUACAAACGUACGAUUUCCCAUUUGCAUCUAUCAAUUGGGCAUGUCCAAUCGAUUCAGCAUCUGGGAUAAUCAAAUCACGGCCUCUUCUGCUCAUAGCAGUCUCCACCUGAAGCCACACAUGGGUCGGCUGAAUAACCCUUACGGGUCCUGGUGCAUAAAGAGAAGACAUCGGGGACCACAUUACCUGCAGAGUGAUCUUGGUAUGUAACAGGAUAUUAUGCACUAGUCACUCAUGUUACUCUCAAGGUCCAUUUUAGGUCCUAUUUAUGUGCCCUAGAAAAAGACAUUACAGAGAACG